UAUGUCAUCACAACUUGCGAAAGUUAAUCCAGUUACACGCACGAUUCCUCUAUUCAACACCACCUACAACGUCAAUAAUCGAUUGCAAAUAUGGCACAGCAACAGAGUCUCGCGAAGGACCUCUUCGAGGAUAUGGGCCGCAAGGUCGCAGAGGCGAGCGCCCAACAAGGAGACGACGACACAAAGGUCGUCGAUGAGAUUGAGAGCAUGUGUAUGAACUGUCAUGAAGAUGGUACUACGCGCCUUCUCCUCACUAGAAUUCCAUUUUUCCGCGAGAUCGUUCUCAUGUCUUUCUCAUGCCCGCAUUGCCACUUCAAGAACUCCGAGGUUCAGCCUGCUGGCGAGAUCCAGCAACGGGGCAUCAAGUUCACCCUCAAAGUCGAAUCAGCCGACGAUCUGAGCCGUCAGAUCAUCAAGAGCGACACGGCGAUAUUCCGCGUUGAAGACAUCGACCUAGAGAUACCACCUGGCCGAGGACAACUGACGAAUGUAGAAGGCAUUCUCGCGAUGGUAGCGCAAGAUCUGGAGCAGAAGCAGGAAGAGAGGAAGCAGGUGGUACCAGAGGUCUAUGAGCAGUUGCAGGGAGUCAUCAACACAAUCAAGCAGAUGGCAAGCGGAGAGAAACUACCAUUCAAGGUCACCAUCGACGACCCCGCCGGCAACUCCUCGAUCGAGCCUCCAAGCGUACUUGGUGCAGGUAAAUACUCUCGCAACGAAUACCCACGAACUGCUGCACAGAACGAAGCGCUCGGUCUCGGCGAUACCAGCGGCGAGGCCCCUGCCACGGAGAUUCGAGAAGAGUACAAGGCUUCACAGAUGUACCCGGAGAUGCCUUCCGCCCAUGCUCCCAUGGUGAACAAUGUAGAUGAGGACGAUAUCGUGGAGAACCAGGUCUAUUCGUUCCCUGCCAGCUGCCCGGGAUGCACCAAGUCGUGUACUACGAAUAUGAAGAUGGUCAACAUUCCCCAUUUCAAGCAGGUAGUCCUGAUGAGCACAGUGUGCGACCACUGCGGAUACCGAAGCAACGAAGUCAAGACCGGAGGCGAAGUUCCCGAACUGGGCCGCCGGAUCACAGUCACUGUAGACAGCAAGGAGGAUCUGUCGCGAGACAUUCUCAAAGCCGAGUCGUGCGCUAUGUCGUGCCUCGAGCUCAACCUCAGUGUCGAACCCGGUACUCUUGGUGGUAGGUUCACCACGAUCGAAGGUCUCCUGACCCAAGUACGUGAUGACUUGAGAUCCUCAAUCUUCGACGCUGGCGAUGGAGGAGACUCGAUGGACUCAGAAUCCAAGCAGAAGUGGAACACCUUCUUCCACAACCUCUCUGCCGCCAUCAACGGCGAAGACAAGUUCACUCUUGUUCUUGAAGACCCUCUUGCCAGCAGCUAUGUCCAGAGCUUUACUGCGCCGGAGCCCGAUCCUAAGAUCAAGGUUGAGGACUACAAGCGGACAGAGGCUGAGGAGGAGGAAUUAGGAUUGCUGGAUAUGAAGACGGAGGGUUACGAGGAGGAGCAUGCGGCGAGUUUGUCGAACGGAACAACGACCAACGGCGCGUAGGGUGGACAACUUGGACCUCUCUUAGAUUUUCUUGACUCCUCUUGCAUUAGGUCGGCGCUUCGUAGAUACCACGGCCUCGCCAGCCAUGAUCAGUAUGAUAUGAUCUCACAGCCCACUCUUUCCUUCUACCGAUGCUUUGUGAUGGCUACAGCGACCUGAUAUCU